AAUCACAUUGCAAUAUGCCGCCAAAUUCAAUAUCGGAAACGGAGCCAGAGCCAGCGCCUGUGUCAGGUGCUGAGCCAGCUGCCGAAUUGGAGACGGCUGAUCAGAAGGUGGAAGAAACGACGAUACAUCACUCCAAGUUUCGCGAACAGGAAAUGAAAGAGCAUCCACAGCCAGCAAAUCAGAGAAUCGCACAAGUGGAAUCAACAACGCCAAAAACAACAACAGAGGCUG